GUCGCCUCUCGUUGCCUUCAUGAUAACACAGUGGGACCGUUUGGAGGAGUAGCCUAGCUUCAGAGGAUCCGGUCUCGAUCAGGACCCGAUCAGGACCCACAGCAGUCAUGAAGUUCGUCCGGUUUAUAAUGAAGAACGCCGCCUUGGCCAGCGUCCCCAAACACAUCGAGCACUUCUCUAAAUUCUCUCCUUCACCUCUCUCCAUGAAGCAGUUUCUGGAUUUCGGUUCCAUAAACGCCUGUGAGAAGACCUCCUUUGUCUUCUUGAGGCAGGAGCUUCCUGUCAGACUCUCAAACAUCAUGAAGGAAAUUAACCUUUUGCCUAACAGACUCCUCACAACCUCGUCUGUGCAGAUGGUGCAGAGCUGGUACAUACAGAGUUUAAUGGAGAUCUUGGAAUUCCUAGACAGGAAUCCAGAUGACCACAAAGUCCUGGGAGAGUUUGUUGACACCUUAGUCACGAUCAGAAACAGGCACAAUGACGUGGUGCCGACCAUGGCGCAGGGUAUCAUCGAAUACAAAGAGGCCUUUUCCCAGGAUCCAGUAACAAACCAGAACAUCCAGUACUUUCUGGACCGCUUCUACAUGAGCCGGAUCUCUAUCCGCAUGCUCAUCAACCAGCACACUCUUAUUUUUGAUGGCACCACAAACCCGGUUCACCCGAACACCAUCGGGAGCAUCGACCCUCACUGUCACGUUGGAGAUGUAGUCCAAGAUGCCUUCCACAGUGCCAAGAUGCUGUGUGACCAGUACUACCUCCGCUCCCCGGACCUGGUCCUGAAGGAGAUGAGCAGCAAUAAGAAGAGCCUUCCAGUCAGCAUCGUGUACGUGCCCUCUCACCUCUAUCACAUGCUGUUCGAGCUCUUUAAGAACGCCAUGAGAGCAACAAUAGAGACACACGACGACAACAACACCCUUCCUCCUGUGCAGGUCUUGCUAUCUCUUGGAGGCGAGGACCUGUCGAUCAAGGUGAGCGACAAAGGAGGCGGCGUCCCCUUCCGGAGGAUUGAGAACCUCUUCAGCUACAUGUACUCCACCGCUCCCGCUCCUCAGAUUGGAGAGCACUCACGACCUCCCCUGGCUGGCUUCGGCUACGGGCUGCCCAUCUCUCGACUCUACGCCAAGUACUUCCAGGGGGACCUGCAGCUCUACUCCAUGGAGGGCCACGGCACAGACGCCGUCAUCUACUUGAAGGCGCUGUCCACGGACUCCAUCGAGAGGCUGCCGGUGUACAACAAAACCACCCUGAAGAACUACAAAGUGAGCCAGGAGGCCGACGACUGGUGCAUUCCCAGCAAAGAGCCUCUGGAUCUGAGCAACUUCAAGGUGGCUAAGUGAGACUCGAACAUGCGGACGUACUGUGACGCCUUCAGAAUAAUCUGACUUUAAACUCCCACGUCACGUCCGGCGUGGGCGAUGAACAUUUUUCCUGCGUAGACGGUCAUCUCCAGGCGACAGAGGACGACAUGUCCCGUCAUAUGUCAGGCCUGGAUUUAGUAGUAGCAUGUUAUUUUCACUCCUUGUCGUACUUUUGGGUUCAUCAUAAGAAAAUAGGAAGCAGCUACUAACAGAGAACAUGUGUUACAGUCACCCAGGGGACAGUGAAAUGUUGCGUCAGCAGGGGGUUUGUGUGUGCCGACAUGCAGACUGGAGUCGUGAGAAAGUCGAGGGAAGAGGAAACACAGAGCAUGUGUUGUGUCUAAAUGAGAGGUAGGAAUAAGAGUGGGCAGAUACAGAAGAGGAGGUGUGUUCAGACCAAAAGAAAGUCGAUGUUUGAACAUAGAUCCUGCAGGUUAUUUAAACCUCAGCAGUGUGUGAGGUCGCCAAAACCUCUUUAAAAAAGAAGCAUUUCAAAUCUUCUCAUGGACAAACCUGACAAAAACAAAACCCUGAAGAGUUAUUUAUUUCUGCAUCCUUUCUGGACAUUUGUUCAAGUUGAACCAAAGUCAAACCUGUUGUAUUUUGAGUUUGUUACACUACAGGAAACAAACAUCCAGUCUAAAUGAGACCUGCUUGUAACAGAGCCGCUCCCACUCAGUCAGUGCAGCUGCAUGGAAAUCCUCACUCUGACCCCGACUCUGCUCCACGUAGCUGCAAGGUGUUGAAUUUAGCAGAGCUGUGCACAUGUAAGGACAGCUGUUGGUUCACUGAGGAGUGUGGGAAAACUAAUAUUUGUGUUCUGUGUUUAUCAAGCAAAGCAAAUAACACAACUCUACGCACAAUGUGAAGCGGACCGUUUGUUCAGCUUUUGGUCUGAGCGCAGCAGAGGAGCGUCUGAAUACUCGUGUCAUAGGAAUCAUCAGAGGUGAUCAGAGCAGAUGUAUGAUGGGCAAAAUUCCACCAGACCCGUGUCCCGGUCUGCUCCGAUCAGUCACAGCACCAGAUCUGUUUCUAUUCUAGUCAAGAUGUUAACUUCCACUGGAUCCGCUCCGUUGUCCAGCAGGUCGGAGCCCCCAGGAUCAGAUACACAAGACUUCUACUUAUUGCUGGAUGCCGGAGCAUGACGCAUCAAUCUCAACAGAGCAGAUGGAGCAGGACAGGAAGUCAGGCGCCAAAAUAAAAUAGAAGCAUCCGGUUAAUUUUCAGAAUAAAACACUCAUUUUUAACUGGACUAUGACAACAAAGUGUCAAUUUCAGCGGAGGCAGUCCUGGAGUCAAGAGGUCAGAGGUUUUCAGAGGACCAUAAAAACAACAUAGAUGGGGCACUGGUGGCCUAGUGGUCUAAGCGCCCCACAUACAGAGGCUACAGUCCUCGUCGCAGGGGUUGCCGGUUCGAUUCCCGAUCGGUCGACCAUUUCCUGCAUGUCUUCCCCCGCUCUCUAAUCCCCAUAUUUCCUGUCUCUCUUCAGCUGUCCUAUGGAAUACAGGCAAAAAAGCCAAAAAUAUAACUUAUAAAAAAAAAAAACAUUGAUGAGGAGAGGAGGAGGAGAAUCCUUGAUUCAGUGAUUACAGUGGGAAAACCUUGGUCACAUGACUCCAGCUGUCCGGCGGUCCUGCUCCUUGCUGCGUUCUGGGUGUUGACAGACAAGAGAGCACCACAGCGGAUCGGAGACAGGCUGGACACAGAUCUGGUGGAAGCCAAGUGUUAGGAGCUCCAUACGGAGGUUUUCAGUCAAACGGGAGGGCCCCUGUUGUUGAACGCUAAGAAGAGGACCAGAUUUAAGUAUCUGUAGGAACGGUCACCCAAACCUUACAGUAGCAACUUCACCCAAAGGCUCAUUUCAUUGAAAUACUUGAACUAUUUAAUCCUAAUCCUCAUGUUGCACCUUUAAGUACUGUAAUAUAGACCGGUGUGUAGAGUGGAACAAAUGUACUGCUGCUUGAAGUUUUUUGUGCUUUCUGCAUGGAGCUUUUGAUGUUUCAGCCUUUCAAAGAAUGCAAUCAGUAUUUGCAGCAACAGAUAAGAUACAGUGUUAUCUUAGAAUCUGAUUUCUGGACCAGGCUGGAUGUAUUCUGCUCUUUUCUCUGCGUUCAUACGCAUCAAAGACAAAAGAACGAACGUCGUACAGGGCCCAAUUUCUCUCUCUCUCUGUUUCCACGCUUCUUUGAAGGUUUCACGCUUUUAGCUGAGUUCAGUGGAAGCUGGUGUUAUUAAAACCCCAGAAGGCAGUGCAUGUCAUGUUGAAGCCCUCUAACAGUCUGUGAUCCAAUAAGGCGAAGGCCAGUCUCAGCUUUUUUUUAUUACACUGUGCCAUAGGAGGAGGAAAAAGGCCCGGGGUCCAUAUGUGUUAAACACAGUUUUCUUUUGUAUUAAAGUUACCUUAAUCAGAGUGUGAGAGGUUAUUUUUAUAGCUUUAUAGUGACUGAAAUGAUUGUACAUACUGUAAAUAUGAUCCAGAAAAUAAAGAACAAGUUCAGUACAAAAUGA